CGUAUUCUUUGUACUAUGACUAGUCAAGAAGAUACACAGACAGACCUUCAUCACUGCUUAGAGUGUGGAAAGAGUUUUAGUCAAGAGAAGGAUCUCACAGCACACCAGCUCAUCCACAGACAAGACAAACCACAUCUGUGCUCAAAAUGUGGAAGGAGUUUCACUUAUAAAUAUUUUCUCCAGCGACACCAGCGCCUCCAUACAGAAGAGAAGCCAUAUCAGUGCUCACAGUGUGGGAAGGAAUUUUCUCACCAGGUUCAUCUACAACAACAUCAGCGCACUCAUACAGGGGAGAAGCCGUAUCAGUGUUCACAGUGUGGGAAGAGUUUUACUCAUCAGGGUAAUUUAUAUCAACACCUCAGAAUUCAUGCAGAUGAGAAGCCGUAUAACUGCUCACAGUGUGGGAAAGGAUUUACUCACCAAUUUAAUCUCCAACGUCACCAGCGCAUCCAUACAGGAGAGAAGCCGUAUCAGUGCUCAGAGUGUGGAAAGAGUUUUGCAAACAUGAGUCAUUUGAAAGCACACCAACAAAUUCAUACAGGAGAGAAGCCGUAUCACUGCUCACAGUGUGGAAGGGAUUUUAAGCUAAAGCGUUCGCUCCAACAACACCAGCGCAUUCACACUGGAGAGAAGCCAUAUUACUGCUCCGAGUGUGGCAAGAGUUUUUAUAAUGUUAGCCAAUUCCAAACACAUCUGCAUAUCCAUACUGGAGAGAAGCCUCAUAGCUGCUCACACUGUGGAAAGUGUUUUAAUGACAAAAGUACUCUCAAGGUACAUCAGCGCAUUCACACAGGAGAAAAGCCAUAUCACUGCUCAGAGUGCGGGAAGAGUUUUACUGAUCCAUCAGCAUUUAAGUCUCACCAGAGGAUUCACACUGGAGAAAAGCCUUAUAGCUGCUCGGAGUGCGGAAAAUGCUUUACUCAGAUAAGCGCUCUCAAAGUACAUCGGAGAAUUCACAAUGGAGAAAGGCCUUUUAGCUGCUCACAAUGUGGAAAGAGUUUUAUUCGUAAAAGUGAUUUCCAAGCACAUCAGCGUAUUCACACUGGACAAAAGCCGUAUCCCUGCUCAGAGUGUGGAACAUGUUUUACACAUUCAAGUAGUCUCAAAAGACACCAAGCUCUUCACAAGAAGAGAAGCAGACAGCAGAGACCCUGUGAAUCUCCUUCAUAUCUUUAAUCUUCUUAAUUUGUCAUGAAAUAAUGAAAAAACAGGCAAACACUCUUCUUAUAGUCAGCUGUCCAGUUGAGUACUUUUGAGUCUACAAAAACUUUGUCAAUUUUGGAGUAAUUACUAAACUGUUAAUGUGAUAUUUUAAAAGGUCUUUAAGUUGAAAGGCUUCAGUCACAUCUAGUUCGAUUUAAAUCCACUGUGGCCGUGUAGAGGCACAGGAAUGAAAACUGUAACUGUCCGAAUACCUAUGGACCUGAAUGUGUAUACUUGGCAGUAAUCGUCACUGGAUAUCAUGUAGGGACAAUAUGUUAAAACCUAGUAUCCAACGCAUAAUGUUCAAGCCAGAAGACAAAAAAGGUGAAGAAAAACUCUUGUGAUACCAAGAGGAAAGGAAGCCUUGAGAGGAAGCAGACUCUGAAAGUAACAAAUUCCUACAAUUCUCCUACACUUUAGCAUGUUAAAUCUUUUAUGAAAACUGUUAUUUCUGUAUGUAAAUUCAAAUUCAGAUUUUGUCACAACCAUACACAUUAUGAAAUGCAGUGAAAUGCAAACGCCACUUUCAACGAAUAGAAACAUACAGUCUAAGUUAAAUUAAAUCAACUUUAAAACUGAAGUUAAAUAUAAAGGAAGAUGUACAGAAAAUAAGAAUCAAAUUUGCAAAUACAAUUUAGCAUAAAAUACAAAGCAUCAAAUCAAAUUCUGUGCAAGCGGAAUAUAAAAACAAAAAAUAUGUAGAGAUGUGUAAUGCUGCUAAAAGGUAUCAUAAUAAUGUGCUUAAGGAUGUCAAUGUCCAUUAUUGUUCCUGAGAGGUGAAACAAUAAUAAAUAAUAUACCUGAGCGGUGUUGAUUUUUAAAUAUGAGACUAGUCUGUGGUGCUGUCUGUUCUGAGCCUGAAUAGCCAUGGGAAGAAGUUCCUACUCAACCUCUCUGUAUUGGUUUUCAGGGAGGCUUUAUUGACUUCAACAAAGGGAACAGUCAAAUUUUGGAGUGACUGAGAUCAUUCAAUAUAUUUCUGGCAUCGGUCCAGCACUGUCAGCUGCUGUAGACAGACUGCAGGUCAGGAUGAUGUAAAGAAGAAAUCGACAAGAGCGAGUAAGGUUGGAAAUGUGUCGGGGGAAAUAACAGUUGAUUGUCCAGAGUUACCCCAAAGUUGCAGCUAGUGAGUAAGGGAGUAAGCUGAUUGUUGGUCAGGGAGGUUGCAGGGUCUUGACAGGGAUGAAUCACCAAAUAUAAACAGCAGUUUGCUUUUACUGAGUUUAAGAUUCAGCUAAUAAACUGUCAUUCAGGGUGAGAUGUCUGUCAGACAUGCUAAGAUCCGGAUCAAAACUGUAAAAGUUCUGUUGAACCUUGGAAGACAGUUUUAUGUCCUUGAGCUCCUGGAAACUCUAUUGCCUUGAUGAAGGUGGCUGGGAGCUCCUCUCCAGCCUAAAGCUCACUAUCAACUCUUUUAUCUUGCUGAUGUUCAGGAGGAAGUUGUUCUCUUCCCCAAGUUCUACAUGGUUUUAAUCUCCCCCACAUAGGUCAUCAUCUUGUUGUCACAAAUCAGGCCCACCACAACAGUGGGAUUAAACAUGCAUGAGGUAUACACACUGGAUACACACUGUCUUCCCUCUGACUUCCUGGAUUCCAUUGUUCUGUCCAUGCAGUGACCCAAGAAGAGCUCUUCAAGUUGAAUGGAUCUAAUUCUAAAAUCAUUGAAUUGUGAGUGCGUUAUAAACCAAUAGAAAUAAGGGUUUCUCAGACAUGUU